CCGCGCGGUGAACACAGAGCGAACUAUUCUUUCGCCUUUUACUAAAGAAUAUCGUGUGUUCGCCGCAUUCAGCGGCAUACGCUUAUUUUUGGAGGGUUUUUUCCGUUUUCUGGAAAACCCCAACAAUUCAUAUGGUUUCAAUGUUGUUUUAAAGGAUAAAUUUGAUAAAUUUCUUGGAAUUGAUAGGUAAAAUGCUCUCAAUUCCUCUUAAACAGGCUGCCAUCGCCACCGUCACCGACGGCGGUCGCUACAAAUACCGAACAGCGGAAGCCGACGACGAACGAUGCUGAAGCCACCACGGACUUCCGCCGGAGGUCAGUGAGUUUCUCUGUUAUUCGUUCAAAGUCGUUUCUUCCUCUGUAUCUAAUUGACGGAGGAAGAAGAAAAUAGGAGAAAUCUUCUCCUUUUUUAAAGUCACAAGUCCCAGAGGGGGACGGAGGAAGAAGAAAAUAGGGAGAUCGACUCCAACCGACGACGAACGGCGCUGGAACUACCACGGACUUCCGCCGGAGGUCGAUCUACAGCACCGAUCGGCUUCCGUCUAUGAGUCUCUUCGUCCCGUUUGCUAAAGCCACCAGAUUGAUGCAGCCAGACUUUGAACAAGUGCUCCAAAGUCUUCCAAGCGUCAGUUGCAUCAUCUCUAACGGCUUCCUUUCCUGGACACAAAAAGUUUGCGUCCAAGUUCGGAAUACCCAGAGCGAUAUUCUAUUGGGAUGAACAACUUCGCCGCGAGCAUCUUCCAUGUCGUGAUUGAUAAUCGAUUCAUCGCAAAUGUCAAAUCAGACGACGAGCCCUUUACCAUUCCUAAUUCCCCUUGGCUCAAAUUCACUGAGAACGAUUUCACUCAUCCCUUUGACAUGGCUGAGCCCAGCGGUCCCCAUUACGGAUUUAUCGUAGAGGAAGGCAUAGCGGCUUCCGAAAGCCAGGGUAUAGUGGUCAACAGCUUCUACGAGCUGGAGACAAGAUUUAUAGAAUACUGGGAUCGGGAGCACUUCUUCCUCUGUCACACCCGUGUGUAGAUCUGGAACGUUUCAGAGAGAGAGAUUAGAUACAUAGGAAGAAACGACUUUGAAUGAAGAACAGAGGAGAAAAAAAGCCACCGACCUCCGGCGGAAGUCCGUGGUGGUUCCAGCGCCGUUCGUCGUCGGUUGGAGUCGACUUCCACCGGACCUCCGCUGUUCGGUAUUUGCAGUGACCGCCGUCGGUGACGAUGGCGAUGGGAGCCUGUCUGAGAGGGAUUGAAUUAAGUUAAAAACAGGGAUAAAAAUAUAAUUUCGCAUAGGGGUAUAACGGGUAUUUUAUCUUUUCCAUCCAUAUUUAACCGUUAAGGGUUAGUCAAUUUUCAAACAAUAAGGGUAGAGAUGAUUAAUUAGUUAAACCGGUAGUUUAAAAAAUUUACCCUUUUUUAAAUCUAUCCUUUAGACUUUGGGAUUUCGACAUCCGACUUCUCUCUACUCUACAUCUCAUGCAUUUCAAUGUAUUUGUUUCAAGUGCAGGACUUCUCAAUCAAUCAAAUGUUUCGAUGUGCAAUGAAAAGAAGGAUUUCUAGCCAGAUAAAGGGAACUUUUUGCCUUUAAUAUUAAAAAAAAUAAUACUUUUUUAAAAUAAUUUACAUACGUGGGAGGUUAAAGUCGCUGGCGACAACUAUACCCGCGAACGAAACAGUGGAAACCUGAAACAGCAGUGGACAGUCCGUGUAGUUACAUAGUAUCACUCCAUCACUUAUCAAAAACCAACAGCAGCAAUGAAAUUCGUCUCUGAAAAGUGAGAACUCAAAAGCAGAGAUCUACGGCAUGGCGGAUGAGAAAACGGAAACCCGAAACAACGCCAGGCUGGCCAUAUUGGAGCUCGCCAACAUGAUCAGCGUCCCGAUGUCCCUCAACGCCAUCGUCUGCCUCAAGGUUCCUGACGCCAUCUGGCAAGGUAGUUCCAACAUCCCUCUCUCCGCCUCCGAGGUCCUAGCACAUGUCCUCCCAACCGGCAAUUCCGAAAACCUCCGACGCAUCCUUCGAAUGUUCACCAGCUAUGACGUCUUCUCAGAGCACAUCGCCGAUGGCUUCUCGGAGCGCAAGUACUCCCUGACGGAGAUUGGAAAGAUCCUGGUCACCGACGGGGAGGGUCUAUCUUAUGCUGUUUACGUUUUGCAACACCACCAGGACACACUGGUGAAGGCAUGGCCCCUCCAGCACGAGGCGGUGGUGGACCUAAAAGAGGAGCCGUUCGUGAAGGCGAACGCGUACUACGGAGACAAGCCGGAGAUGAACGAACUAAUGCAGAAGGCCAUGUCAGGGGUAUCCGUGCCGUUCGUACUGUUCAUGAAGGCGAUAGUGGAGCGCCGGAAUGUUGGGAUCAUUCGCAUGAAUACAGAGCAGAGGAGGAAGACGAAAAAAAGUCAGAUGGUGUCAUUUUUUCAUUAUUUUGGUUAGCUGGGCUGCAACUGUUAUCUUUUGCUAGAUUGUGUGAGGCUUUGGAUUAUUUUUGGAUCUUCAUGAGCAUGAGCGCAACUGAAAAACAAAUAGGAUUUCUUUUUCUGUACAAACUAGACAAGGAUUCAGUAGGAUCCAAUCUUAGCCAAAGCAUGAGUUACCUGAUAACCUUCAUGUCUAAAAUGAGAAACCGAGAUGCUAUGAAAUGGAAGGGAACGCUACCUGCAUUUAGAAACGUAUGAAGCAAUGUAACAAGGGGGAGCAGCACUAGACUCCUCCAACAAGAAAUGGAUAGGCUUCAAUAUGUCUCCUUCAAGAAUAAUAACAGUCAAGGUGCGUGUAAAAAUGGAGCAAAUUCCAAACCAUCAAAACAGAGCCCAAACUUCAAGCAGUGACUGAGAUGGAGGCAGCCCAAAAGAUUUUCUGGCUACAUAAUUACCCUAAUGGUUCUACAGAUAUAAAUCCUACUCCAAUUGAACGAGAAAAGACUGCCGCAUCAACAUUUACUUGGACCAACUGGGAGUGAAGUCCAGUAAGGACCAAUAGAGAGGUUGAAUUGGUGGUGUGAGGCAUGAUCAUUUUUGGCUUCAAAAGAUGAUUGGAACAAGAGCAACCGACUAUGAACAGACGACAGAUGAUUGGAACAGAAUAUGACCAAGUAUGGAUUUCCGAACCACCCCAACUUCAAACCAACUAGGUGUCAUUUGGGCUUUCUGUGUACCACAAGAAUAUGGAUGGUAUUACCAUAGGUCACAUUUGGUUCUAUGCAAUCUAUAUUACCUUCCCGCCGUAGGUCAUAUUGGAUUCUAACUCAGUCAUUUAACCUUCCAUGGAUUGUAACUGGAGACUUCAAUAAAGU